GAAAAAAACAGACGAAAAAUACUAGAUUAUCGUCAUCUACUCAACUCCAUUUAUACUGCAACUUAGCUUCAAAGACGACCCAAAAGCAAAAUAUUUAUUUGAUUUUUUACUCAAAAAUUUCUGCAACUCAUCUUAAUUCACAGUUAACCCAAAAAAAUGCAAGUUUCGGUCUGCAGCAAUUCUUGCUCAUUAAACCUUAAUAGCAACAACGUUAAGAGUCACUUGCUCAUGGGUCGUCGCGAACUCUUGUCUACUUUAUGUUCCACUGGUUCCCAUAAAGAAGUCGUUUCUCACAAACCCAUUUCCAUUUUAAGGAUGAUUAGUGAACGAAUGGCUGAUUUUGGUGAAGUAAUAAUAGGAAAAAGUAUACCCUUUGCAACCAGGAGGGUAGUUCUUGCUGGUCUUUUUGCCUGUUGGACUUUUCAUCCUUCAAGGUACUUAUCAGCUCAAGCAUUGGGGGAUCCUUCAGUGGCAGUUGAAGAUGUAACUCCUCCAGUUUUCCCUUCUGGAGCGCUCUUCCCUUCUGAGGAAAGAACUGUCCAACUCUUUGAAAAGAAUACAUACUCUGUUGUCAACAUUUUUGAUGUAACAUUGCGCCCUCAACUUAAUGUAACUGGUGCUGUUGAGAUUCCAGAAGGAAACGGUUCGGGUGUUGUCUGGGAUGAACAGGGACAUAUUGUGACAAAUUAUCAUGUGAUAGGUAAUUCCCUCUCGAGAAAUCCAAGUCCAGGGCAAGUUGUUGCACGAGUUAAUAUCCUAGCAUCAGAUGGGGUGCAAAAGAAUUUUGAGGGGAAGUUGAUUGGUGCAGAUCGCAGUAAAGACCUUGCUGUUUUAAAGGUAGAAGCCUCUGAAGAUUUGUUGAGGCCAAUUAAGGUUGGGCAAUCUUCUUACCUAAGAGUAGGACAGCAAUGUUUGGCAAUUGGAAAUCCUUUUGGUUUUGAUCAUACCCUCACUGUUGGAGUUAUUAGUGGAUUGAAUAGAGACAUUUUUAGUCAAACUGGAGUGACGAUCGGGGGUGGAAUUCAAACAGAUGCAGCCAUCAAUCCAGGAAACAGUGGAGGUCCUCUGUUAGAUUCGAAAGGGAAUCUGAUUGGAAUUAAUACGGCUAUAUUCACACAGACAGGUACAUCUGCUGGUGUAGGAUUUGCUAUCCCGUCGUCCACUGUGCUCAAGAUUGUACCUCAGCUGAUCCAAUUUGGCAAAGUUGUUCGAGCAGGUUUGAACAUCGAAAUUGCUCCCGACCUGAUUGCUAAUCAACUUAAUGUUCGAAAAGGGGCCCUUAUCCUUCAGGUUCCCAGUAACGGUUUAGCAGCCAAGGCAGGGCUACUCCCGACCACCAGGGGUUUUGCCGGUAAUCUUAUACUUGGGGAUAUCAUUCUUGCAGUUGACAACAAACUGGUUAAAAACAAAGCAGAGUUAAACAAAGCAUUGGAUGAAUACAAUGUGGGGGAUAAGGUAAUGUUUAAGAUCCGAAGGGGCAGUGAGAAUAUGGAGCUGCCAGUGAUUUUGGAAGAAGUAAGUUCAUAGUAGGUUCCCCAAAUUCAUCUAUUAGGGUUAUUAAGAUGUACAAAAAUCCCAUGUUGAAUCUUGAAACUAUUACAGUUUGCCAAUUUUCCAUGUUUUAUGAAGGAUUAUAUACUUGUGAAAAUAUAUAGCAAGAGGUACACACAUAUUACCAGUUCA